AUGGCAUCUGAUACUUUUCUUUACUUUGCCUAUGGAAGCAAUUUACUGAAAAAGAGAAUACACAUAAAUAAUCCGACAGCAGUAUUUAUUGGUAUUGGAAAGCUUAACGAACACCAGUUGGAUUUUAUAAAAUAUUCUGAAAAUUGGCGUGGAUCGUCAGCAACUAUUAUUCCAACUCAAGAUCAUUAUAUCUGGGGUGCCAUUUGGAGAUUACACAAUAAUGAUAUGAAAUCAUUAGACCGGCAAGAAGGUGUUGACACAAACUGGUAUUUUCCUAAAAGUGUUGAAGUUGUUACACCGGAGGGUGAGAAAUUAAAAUGUCGAACUUACCAACAAACAAUCAACCCCCCUCUUAGAGCCCCAGGAGAAGAAUUACCCAUAGAAAGGAGACCUUCUAGUACUUACAUGGAUUGUAUAAUAAAGGGAGCUGUUGAAUGUAAUUUGCCAGAAGAUUAUAUUGUAAAACUGAAGAAAAUUCCUCAUAAUGGACAAAAAGCCAGUCAAAAAAUGAUUGACCAGUUAAACUUGUAA